AUGGAACUCUACUUUGACUAAAGGAGAUGGAGAUUUUCUGAAUACCUAAACAAUCAAGAAGUUUAGAUUUUAAAAAGAUUUGAUGAUUAAACUAGCUUUGAGCAAGAUGCUAAACAAAAUUCUCAUAUUUCAAUUUAUAAAACAGUGAAAGCUAAAGAUGUAGAAAUAGGUGAUAUAUUAUUUAUUAGAAAGAAUGAAAUUUUAGCAGCUGACGUUAUUCUACUAGAAAUGAGUGAUAGUAGCUGCUGCUUAAAUUCUUCCUUUAACGAAGGAUUAACUACUCAGAAAAAAGCUAUACCUCCAUCAAUCACUUAUAUAUCCAAGUCUUCGAAGAUAAAGGGACAUCAUUUUGAUUACAAAAAAAUAUUAAACGGAAUUAUAGAAUAUGUGUCAGCUGAUGUCAGAGAUAAAACAAAAUUUGAAGGCUUUAUGAAAUUAUCUAAGGAUCCACAAGGUAUUAUUAUAACAAGCUAAAACAUAGGGUACAGAGGCUCUGUCCUUGAAUAUGCUGAAUGGGCUUUAGGUAUUGUGAUUUACUGUGGUCAUGAUUGCUAUUACUACAAAAAGGAUAGCCAAAAAAGAUUAAAGAAACCAAGUUUCUUUUCAAAAAAAAGUGGAAAGCUUUUUGCAAUAUCUAUCUUUUUUUAUUUAUUUGCAGCUUUUGUUAGUGUUAUUAAUUAUUUUACUAACUCUUGCUUUCCUGACUUACCUCAACUUAACAGUGAAGGAAAAGAAUUUAGAAAUAAAUCUACAGGAAGAAUUGGUGUGAGCUAUAUGUAUGAUUACAUAUUAUUUCUUCCUUAAUUUUAUUACUUUGUUAAUGAUUUAAAAACGCUCAUUUUCGCUGUCUUGUAAAAUAGAUAUUACGAGAAAAAUAAAUCAUAAAAAGAAGAAAAUGAAGAAAAGUAAGAACUUGAUUAAUAAGUUUAAGAAAUAAAAGAAGAAGAUGAAGAAUCUUUAACAAAUAAAUAAUCUGCAUAAAGCGAAAUUCAAUAAAAAGUUGACUUCAUUAUUAAAGAGAAUGCUGAAUCUAGUUAUGAUAAACCUAUUUCUCCUACUAAUAACAUUCCUCCGAUUGAGAAGAUACCUUCAUUAAAAGAUCUUAAGCAAAGCUAAGAACUUAAUAAAAAUAAAUCAAAGGACAUCUCCUAAAAGCCAUACAUAUAUUCAGUUAACUCAUCAAAACCUCUAGCAGAUCUUACACUCACUACUCAUUGUUUUUUGGAUAAAACAGGCACUUUAACUUAAGGAAGAUCCUUUAUGGUUCAUAAACUUUAUCUUGAGGAAUGCUCUUACUUUAUAAGUGAAAACUAUGUAGAUCCAUUAUUUAAAUCAGUAAAUGGAGCACACAUUCACAGUGGUAAAAAUAUUUAGAUUGAUGAUAACAAAAUUUCAAAUGAGAAUGAUAGAUAAAUAGGAAACCUUUUGGGAUUCAAAAUAUAACCAUCUUAAAAAGUAGAGGUACAACCAAGUAUAUUUAUAAAUAACUAGAUUUCGCAUAGAGGCUCCAUUUUAAAUACUAAUCCAAACAUUUAUACAACUAUGUAUACUGAUAAUCAAAAUGAUAUUGUUGGAGAAGAAGGUGUUUUCCUUAGGUAGAAGCUACGUUCAUAAAAAGAAAAAAAGAAAAAAAUAGAUUUAGAAAACAUUAAAUAUUGUGAGCAAUAAAUGUAGAGCCCAAAAAACUUAUUUUAAAAAUCCCCAAGGAGAUCUAGACAAUCAUUUUAGUUAGAUACUAAAAAUUUAAUAGCAAGAGAAUAGAUUAGUUUUGCUUUCAAUGAAGAAGAGUGCCAAAACGAAUUAAAUGUUCCUAAUCUCAUUUCUAUCAAAAAGAGUUCAUAACAAUCAAUAAAAUCUUCAAAUCAAAUAAAAAGCUAAGCUAAUAUUCAAGCAAAUUCUUAAACUGAAGUAAAAUAAAAUCAGAAGAAAGUUAGGAAAAUAUCUUUUGCAUAAAAUCUUCCUUUAUCAAUAGAUACCUACAAGGCUAAUUCAGAAUUAAACACAGUAGAAAAUAAUCCAGAAAGCUUUAAAAACUUAAAGCAUCCUGAAAUUUAAAUUAACUUAUUUGAUUAAGAUAAAGUUUCUAACUAAAAUAAUUCUUUUUAACACAUCUCCUCACCACAUAGCAGGCAAUCUCCAGUACCAGAUUUAAAUAAAGAUAUUAUUAACUCUUUUAGAGUCAAUACAUAAAAUUAUAAUAACAUUGAUACUAUUUCAGAAACAAGCUAUGCUAGCAGUUAAGUAAAAUAUAACAAUAAUAAUAAUCAAUCUCCUCAAACUUCAAAUAAUUCAUUAUUAUUAAACCGAUUCAGAAAAGUAACAAACGAAAUUCUUCAAUCUUCUUGCAAUACUGAUAAAAGUGAUUUUUUUACAAGCAGUAAAUUAGCAGGAAUAUAAACUUCUAAUGAUUCAAUUUCCCCUUUAAGGAAAAUUAACAAGAGAUAUGCUGUUGAUAGUGUAAUACCUCAAAAAGAUGAGCAAAGACUUUAUGAAGAAUUAAGAUCUGAGAUAGUUAAAUUCGUACCUUAAAGAGAAGCAAUAAUUGCUUUAACUAUUUGCCAUGUAUCUAAAUCAGUUUUACAUGAUGAAAUUUCAUAAUUAAUUACUGAUCAUUAAUCAAUAUAUGAUGAGCUAUUUGUUGAAUUUUCUAAAAGGUUUGAUUGCAGGCUAAAGUGCAUAGCUAAAGGUGCCAAUCAUUUAGAGUAUAUUUUCAAGCUCAAUAAAGAAAUUCAUAUUUAUGAAGUAGUCGUUCCACCUGUUUACAAUUAGAGAGGAACAAGAUUAGCUAUUUUAGUUAGAAUAUUUAAAAAUUAUUUUCUAUACACAAGAGAGGAGUUAGUUAAUGUGCCAUUCUAUUUAAAAUCUAUAAGAAACUUAAAAGAAAGAAUGGAAAAGCAUUUGAAAUAUAUGAUUGAGAAUGGAUAAGUAGGUGUCCUUUUCUGUAAAAAAUAGCUAACUGAAUUGUAAGCAGCUUAAAUAAUAGAAAAGUAUAUAAGCAUAGAAAAAGGUUUGAACUUUUUAGAAAAAGAAAAAUAAAUUGAAGCUUUGUACAGAGAAUAACUAUCAAAUAUGGAUAUGUUAACUCUUGUUUCUCUUAAAGAAAAUUUAAACCCGAAUGCUAAAAGCCUGAUUGAGAAUUUAAGGUAAGCAAAUAUAAAUACUUGGCUCUUGACAGGUGAUGACUAUUAAAGAGCCUUAGCUACUUCAUAUGAAACAGGCAUGCUUCAAAAAUUUUCUAAAAAUGACAUUUUUCACUUUUAAUCUGAAACAGAAGAAGAAACAAUUAAUUUAAUGAAAUCAAAUUUAAAAACAAUAAGAGAGCUUUUAGACUCUGAUAGAACUGAUCAAAAAGCAACCUCGAUAAGCAGAAAAUACCAAAAUACUACAUUAUAAAGAGUUUAUAACAGAAUGUUGAGCUUUUAGAGUUAAAGUUUAAAAGUUUCAAAUAUUUCAUAAUCGAAAGGGAUGAAUAAUCAAAAAAAUCCAAAUGCUGUUUAAGUUUGUGUUAUUGUAAAUGGAUAGUGCUUGGAAAAAAUAUUAAAUAAUUAGUACUUAAAAGAUCAUUUUUCUUUCAUAUGUUUCUUUUGUGAGAGCUUGAUUGGGUAUUCUUUAAAGCCUAGCUAAAAAGCAGAAUUAGUCUCACUGGUUAAAAAUGUUAAAAGAGAUUCAACAUUUACACUUGCAAUUGGAGAUGGGUUAAAUGAUUUAUAAAUGAUGUAAAGAGCUGAUUUUUCUAUACAGUAUUAAAAUUAAAAUUUAAAAUCUGUAUAAUUUGAGCACGGCUUAGCAUAAAUUACUGUUUCUCAGUUAGGAGCAAUUAGUAAAUUAAUAUUUUCUUAGAGUAGGCACGAGGCAGAAUUAUUUGAAGAGACUUUAUUCUUCACUUUUUAUAGAUCAUUUUUUAUCUUUUUUGUCGUUUUCUUUUGGAAUUUCAUGAGUUGUUCAUAUGGAGAUAUAGUUCUUAGCUUUUUAGACUUAAUUUUAAUUCACUUUAUUAGCUUAUUCUUUUAAUCUGUAUUAUAUUUUAUAAGAAAAUACUAAAUGCUUUAUGAGAAUAAAUAUGAUAGCUUUACAGUUAUUUAGCAAUACUUUCAUAAUAAAUUUUACUUUUAGGACGUUUUUAAGAAAUUCUUGCUCCAUUUAAUACCUUAAUCAUUUAUAGAUGCUUUUAUUCUAUUUAUUUUAAUGUACUAAAUGAAAAGUACUCCAAUGGAAUUGAAUGGACGUUAAAUUGAAAAAGAGUAGCUCAUAUUAAUUACUGUGAUGAUUUUUUAUUUUUUAGUGCAUAUAAAAGUGAUGAUUAUACUCAGCCAGUCUCGCAAAACAUUUAUUGCAAAUCUAGCAUUUCCAUUUAUAUUACUUUGCAUAUACAUGGGAGUUUAUUAUGAGGCGCAAGAUGUUUCAUUCUACUUUAGUCAUUUAACUAUAUUACUAAUAGCAGCUAUAGUUUUAAAUUUUAUAGUAACCAACUUUUUUUUUAGAACUUUUAUCCCACUUAUUGAGGUAGGAAUGAUGAGAGAUACUAAAAUUUUUAAAAAGAUAUUUAAAUAAAUAGAAAAUUAGUAUUAGAAAUUAUUGUAAACUUUACCUGUAAAUAUAUUUAGUAAAUAGCAAUAGCAGUACUUAUCUGAGUCCUAAGUAUUAUAGAACGAAAACAAUAAUUCCUAUAGCAAUAAUUAACAGAUCAACAGAGAGCAAAAUAGCAAUUAUAGUAAUUUAAAUGCAUUCCAAUUAAAUUAACUAACAAUUGGUGCUUUUAACGAUAAUAAAUCUAAUAAACUCACUGAAGAAUAAUAAACUGAAUAAGAUAAUUAAUCAAAAAAAAAUACUAACGAGCGAACAGUAGAUAACUAGAUUUUUCAUAAAGCAAACUAUUUUAUCUCAGAAUAAACUUCAAAUUUAAAUGCAAACAAUCUGAAAAACAAAGUCAUAAAAUAAAAUGCAAAUAAAUAUAUUGAUAAAUUGGGCUUAGAUGACAUUGAAUAUGAUAAUUUACAAAAUAAAACAGUACUAAGAAAUAGAUAAAUAAGCAUAACUAAAAACGUAAAUUUAAAAGAACUUCACAAUAGUAAAAUUGAAACUAAUAGCAAUCAAGGUAAUUAAUCUGUAAAUAUUUAAAAUGAAUAAAAUAUACCAAGCAAUCCAAGUACUGAUCGUAAAUUAGGUAAACCUCAGUAAUAACAAAACUAAGAAAAUAUUAACAAAAAUAAAGUAGAAGCUAGAAGAAAAAUGAAGUUUAAAGGCUACACUUUUGACUAAAUUUUUAAAAUGGUAUUUAAAGACAAUGAAAUAGAUUAAAUUUUGCAAGACUUAAAUACAGAAAAUGUUAGUGUAAUUUCAUCAAAAAUAGAUAAAGUAUUCUUACAUUUCCCAUCAAAAGAAAUAGAACUUAAAUUUGCAUAAAGUAUUAUUUAGCAAUGGUUUAGAUUUUUCAGAAUAAGUACAAUUAUCUUAUCUCUUAUAUGCGAACUUGCUUUAUCUUAAAUCAUGAAUUACCUUUAUUAAGAUUAAUUUGGGUUUAAUCUGUAUUCAGUUUCUUUUGGGCUAUUUCUUCUAACAUGGGGAUUUAUGUUUACCCCUUAUUACACAAGAUUUUUCUUUAAAGUAAACUAAAUACUUUUAAUAAUUAGAAUACUCACAAGGUUAACGUAUAUAGUUUUCGAUAGUGGGCAUCCUUUCGAUAAUCUAUAAACAAUGUUUUACUGUUAAAUUUUACAAUAUAGUGUCAAAAUAACGCCUCCAGUCUUUUUUUCCCUCUAAUUUGCUGUUUCCAUUUCUUUCUGCUUAAAGUUUUUAAUUAUUUAUGAUGAUUAUCAAGUAUCUAAUUCAGAUGAUAACUAUCUUAAAAUAUAUCUGAUAUUUACUACAUUCAUUUGCAUAUUAGCUUUCUAAAUUCUAUGCUUUUAUAAAAAAUAUGAAUAUGAUUUCAUUGAAAGGAAAAACUUCUAAAGAAUAAAUAAGAUAUCAAUUGAAACUAAAAAAAUAAACAAUGUUCUUUCAAUAUUACUACCUAAGUUUAUUCUUGAUAGCAUAGAUGAAAAAGGAAGAGAGUUUUAAGAAGACUAAGGAGAUGUAGCUAUUUUGUUUUGUGAUAUUUGUGAUUUCGAUUUAAUCAUUUAAGAAGAACAAUCGAAUAUAAUUAAAUUAUUAGAUAAAUUGUUUAGGUUUUAUGAUAAUGCCUGCUCAAUAAAUGGUAUAUAAAAAAUAGAAACAGUUGGUAAGACAUAUAUGGCAGCAGCAGGAAUCAAAGGAAUAAAAUAUGAUGAAUCCUAGAAAAAGUUUAAUAUUUUUCAUCCUGUAAUUAGAUGUAUUCUAAUGGCCAAUCAAAUGUUUGAAGCAUCUAGAAAAAUUACUUAUAGUAAAUAAUAAAAAUAGAUUGGAAUAAAAAUUGGAAUUCACUAUGGUCCAGUGCUAGCAGGUGUUAUUGGAGGUCAUAAACCCUAAUUUAGUUUAAUUGGGGAUACUGUUAAUAUGGCUUCUAGAGUAUGUAGCACUGGUGAAGCUAAUUUUAUAACUCUCUCUGAACAAGCUAAGGAAAGCUGUUAAUUUGAACUGUAAAUAUUAAAUGAAAAAAGAUUCCAUCAAUAAAAUGGCUUUUAAAUCGUUCUUUUUGAAAGAACAGUUAAUGCUAAAGGAAAAGGAAAUAUCAAAACAUAUUAAGUUAAAUUUAAAAAAUAUAAAAAGAAAGAAAUUCAUUUAUUGAGAAAGUUUAGUGAAAAGCUUUUGCAAUAGAGAAAUUCUGUUUAGAUGAUCAAUAACGAAAAUUCCAGUAGUGACUCUUAUUCUUCUCCUUACUAUAACAUGGCAUCACCUAAUAAAAAGAAUUAUAGUAUAUUUAGUCCUGAAGCUAAUCAUGGCACUUCUAUAGCUGCUUUAGACUAUAGUAGAUAAGGGGAAAUAAAAGAAGAAACUGAAAUCAACUCUUCUAAUGUUAUAAGUACAUUCAAUAAUACAUCUAAAAGCAAAGAAAAUAUUUAUAUUGAAGAAUAAGUAUAUCAUAAUAAAUAUCUUUAUAGUAAUAAUCCAAAAGACUUGUAGGAUAUCUAAGAAAUAAGAUCUAAUUCUGUUUCUUCUAAUGCAUAAUCUAUAUUUGAAGCCAAUUAAAAAUAAUUGGCCUACAUAAAGAUAAUAAAGGAUUUAGUAGAAGAAAUACAAAUAGUGCCCUAGCUAGAGCAUGCUCCUAUUCUUAAAGAUUAAGAACUUGAUAUUGAAAAAGUUAGAAGUCAUUUCUAAGAAUUAAAAAAUGAAGCGAUUAGCUUAACAAAUCAGCAACAUAAAAUAAAUUCUAAAGUAAAUAUUCAAGACAUUAUUUUAGGAAAAUACAAUUUAGAUCUUUAAUUAUUUUAUGACACUGAGCUUUAAAAAUCUUACCAAAUGGUAAAAAGUAAAAAUGCCUUUUUGUGUGGGUUUGAAAUUUUUAAAAUGCUUAUUGCUAAUUUGAUGAGAGACUACUUAAGUAACGAAGGUGUAUAUAUUACAUUUUUUAUGCAUAUGGCAAGUGCUCUGCUCUUACUUAGCACUAUUUUUGGUAUAAACUAUAUAACUCGCAUAGGUCUUAAAUACUUAAAGUUUAUCAUAUUCAUAAUUUACUCAACUGUAAUAACAUCUAUAGUUUUUGAAGGAUACCUUAACAUAAAAUAUUUUCCAAAUAGAUAGCUAAUUAAUCUUCAAACCGCUGCAGUUAUUAUCAUUUUUUAUGUCUUUCUUUCCUUUAAAUUCUUCACAAUUCAAGAGAAGACAUUCAUUUCUUUGUGUUUAAUUUUAAACUAUUACAUGUUUACAUAUGUGAAUAAUAUUUUUGAAUGGGAAUACUGCUAUUUAACUUCUGCGAUAAUAUUGAAUAUUCUCUACAGAUCAUUUAUGCAAUUAGAGCUUGAUUUUUCAAGCUAUUUACACACAAAGAGCUUAGAUUAAAAGAUGAAUGACUAGAAUAAAUUACUUGAAUAUCUUCUACCUAAGCAUAUACGUGACUAAUUCUUGGAAAAUUAAUCGAAGUAAAUUAAUUUAAUUGAUAAAUUCGAUUAGGUUACUAUACUCUACGCAGACAUAGCAGGGUUUACAAAAUACUCUGCAAGUGUGUAACCAGAGCAAGUCUUCUUCAUGUUGAGGGAGCUAUUUACAAAAUUUGAUUAAAAAUGCUAAGAAAAUAAUGUUUACAAGCUAUAUACUAUCGGAGACUGUUAUGUUGUUAUGGGCUUAGUUAAUCUUAAUGAUAGAAACACUGUUAAAGAAGCUAUGAAUGUUAUUGGAAUGGGGUUUGAAAUGAUAGAAAUAAUCAAACAAGUGAGAUCAAUUGUUAACUUUGAUGAACUUGAUAUGAGAAUAGGCAUACAUACUGGCAGUAUAAUAGGUGGAGUUGUAGGAACAGGUGUUGUCAGAUAUGAUAUAUAUGGUCCUGAUGUCGUUAUAGCUAAUAAAAUGGAAAGUAAUGGGGAAAGUGGUAGAGUUAUGGUAAGCGAAGCUACCUAUAACUUAGUUCAUGAAGCUUCUACUGGAGUUUAUGAAUUUGAAAAUCCACAAAUAAUUUAACUUUCAAGCGACAAAGACAAAGAUAAAGACAAAGACAAAAACAAAGACAAAGACAAAGACAAAGACGAAGAUGAAGACGAAGACGAAGACGAAGGCAAAGACAAAGACAAAGACAAAGACAAAAACAAAAACAAGACUAUUAAAGCUUACUUUGUUAAAAGGCCAAUUGACAAUGAAUUUGAUUACUUCUCGAGCUAAAAUGAUUCAAAUUUUAAUGCAUAUUAAAACAGAACACAAUAAUUUCAAAUGUGA